CUACGUGCGUGCGUGAGGGGGAGAGAGAGAGAGAGAUGGAUUGAGAGAGAGAGAAAGAGGGAGCGGGCGUCCAGCCACAGAGGGAGAGAGCAAGAGAGACAGGGGGGAGUAAGCAACUUUGUUACCAGGCAUAGCUGUGUCUCCUCCGGCACAGCGUGGCUCAAAGAGAAGCAUUUGGCAGUUAUGGUUGAUCAGCGGUUCUUGCAUCCUCUCCGGUGCGUUAGAGAAGUACUAUGAGAGCGCGCUCGCGUUAAAUAGAUCCUGUUUCCUCUUUGGCUUUCACGGAUUAAAAAAUGAAAGACGCUCCGAAACACCUAACGAGCCUACAUCUUCAUCGAUGUGCGUGAGGUAUGUGUUCGUACCAGGAGUUGGAAAUUAUGCAGGCUGUCUCUCCUGUCAGACAAGGCGUGCACUGAUGCACAAUCCUCAGCUAACAUAGUGUUAAUUUACAUAUCUUUCUAUUCAAACCAGUGUCUAAUUGCAUUUUUCAUGUCUUAACAAGGAAACGCGAUAUGGCUUCCUUUCCCCUUCCAGCAGAUUUAGAGUAUUGUUUUGUGCUCAUGUCUCGCUUUGACCUUGCUUUUUGUUAUUUUCAUAGCUUGAAGGAGUUGCUUUCUGCCCUGCUUUGUUUGAGCCAUUUUCUAUCAGCAGCCAACAAAGCCAGAAGUUACCUCUGGGUAACAGCAAAUGAAGCUUUGACUCAUGCAGGCAGCAGCCUGCUCUGUGUGUGAGUGUGAGUGAGUGUGUUUGUGUGGAACUUGCUUUCACUGCUUACUGUUUGACAUCACCAUGUGUGUGUCUUUUAUUUCUAGAUGACAUUGAGGAUUUCUUAGCCGGACUGUGAGCUUGGCCAUCAUUGUUGCAGGAAAAUGCAUCUUUGGAUUUCAUAUGUCUUGCUAAGUGCAACGUCAGUGUGCACUGUGGAGAUGUUUGGCAGCUAUGGAGAGAUUUGUCAAAGACUAUGUGCCUGUGAGGAGAGAGAGGGGAUACUGACAGUGAGCUGUGAAAACAGAGGCAUUCAAAGUCUCUCAGACAUAAGCCCAGUGUACUUCCCCCAGUAUCAUCUGCUGCUUACAGGGAACAGGCUGAAAAAGCUGUCUGCCAAUGAUUUUGUCGACUACAAAGGACUUACAAUACUACAUCUUGGAAAUAACGACAUAUCUGAGGUUGAGGCAGGAGCUUUUAAUGGACUUCAGGGAUUAAAACGAUUACAUCUCAACAAUAACAAAAUCGAUGCCUUGAAGGAAGAGUUUUUCUCUGGCCUUGAAAGUCUGGAGUACCUCCAAAUUGAUUAUAACUCUAUCACACAUGUGGCACCCAACGCCUUCAGCAGACUUCGACAACUGGAGGUCUUGAUCCUAAAUGACAACUUAAUAUCGACUCUGCCUGUGAACAUUUUCCAGUAUGUGCCAUUGACUCAUUUAGACUUGCGGGGUAAUCAACUCAAAGUGCUGCCAUACUUGGGUCUACUGGAGCACAUGAACAGCGUAGUGGAGCUGCAGCUCGAGGAGAACCCGUGGAACUGCUCCUGUGAGCUGAUUGCUCUAAAAACCUGGCUGGAGAGCAUUUCUUACACAGCUUUAGUUGGAGAUGUUGUUUGCGAGUUCCCUUUCCGGCUUCAUGGGAGAGAUCUUGAUGAGGUUUCAAAACAGGAGUUAUGCCCGAGGAGAGCUAUUGCUGAAUAUGAAAUGCCACCACUGCCACAUUUGAGCACCGAUGCAUACCAUAGGACUCCGCCAUCUUUAGUCACGGCUUCCUUAACCUCAUCCGGGAUUGCACGGUCCUCAUCAAGACCCACCAAGGGACCACGCCAGUCAGGAAAAUUAAAAUCAAGACCUACAGCUCGCAGCCCAUCAAAUAAACCGCAAAAUUAUGGUCAGAUCAUUUCGUAUCAAACCAAAUCCCCUGUGCCUUUAGAUUGCCCAACUGCCUGUACCUGCAAUCUUCAAAUCUCAGACCUUGGGUUGAAUGUGAACUGCCAGGAGCGAAAGAUCGAGCAUAUCUCUGACUUAGAGCCCAAACCUUACAAUCCCAAAAAGAUGUACCUAACAGGGAAUUAUAUCCCAGUGGUGCGUCGGUCAGAUUUCAAUGAGGCAACUGGAUUAGACUUGCUCCAUCUUGGUAAUAAUCGCAUUGCACGCAUACAUGAUAGGGCGUUUGGUGAUUUGACACAUCUAAGACGACUGUACCUCAAUGGGAAUCUGAUUGACCGUCUAACAGUUGAUAUGUUUUACGGUUUGGAGAGCUUGCAGUUCCUAUAUUUAGAAUACAACGUCAUUAAAGAGGUUGUCGCUGACACUUUUCAGAACGUGCCCAGACUUCAGCUUCUUUUCCUGAACAACAACCUCCUGAAAACUCUGCCAGUAGGAACAUUUAGCGGCCUGACAUUAGCCAGACUGAAUCUUCGCAACAACCAUCUGAGAUAUCUGCCGGUUAGUGGCGUCUUAGAUCAGCUUACAGCGCUUGUGCAGGUCGAUUUGUUCGAGAAUCCCUGGGAUUGCUCUUGCAGCAUACUAGAGUUAAAGAUGUGGCUUGAGCAGCUUAGCACGGGCACAGUUGUAAACAAUGUCAUCUGCGGCUCCCCUAAGAAGCUCGCUGGGGAGGAUAUGAGAUACAUCAAGACGGCUAAUUUCUGCCCUAAUAACUCUGAUGUACUUGCUUCUAUGAUCCCACCCUCAGAAGAAUCUUUUCCUGGCAGCACUAUCACCAUAGAAACAUCCUUGGACUCGGACACACAAUUCAGUGCGAUCCCUUUGUCUGUGAUGAUUCUUGCCCUUCUCCUCAUGUUCAUUGUGUCCGUGUUUGUGGCUGCAGGAAUGUUCGUGGCAAUGAAAAAGAGACGCCAAAAGAGUCAAAACAAGCAGAAUAACUCGAUGAAUGCUUGCAUCAGCUCCCUUAACAUGGAGUAUGGUCUGUACAAAAAAGGAGCCAUUCCCAAAGUCAGGACAUCUGCGGGGCAUGUAUAUGAGUACAUCCCACCUCCCACCGAGUCCACAUGUAGAACUACUGCCCACACCCCUACAAGCAGCAAGUCAGUGGACGGACUCAGAGACUUUGACGAGUUGAGUGGUCCUUUUCUGGGGAACUCGGAUGAAGAGGCAGCCAGUAAUGUGAUAAGCUCAGAAUACAGUGCUGCGACUCCAGAGCCUCUUAAUAAGCCCUCUACCCCCCACCAAGAUGAUCUGUGUUACUACAGAGAUGUACUAGAGCCUGACAAGCACACACGCUACAGCAAUACAUUACCAUGCAAGCAUUCAGCACACACGUCAAAUCAGUAUACCUCAGACUUUGAUACGAGGCAUCAGUAUGUGCCCCCAGACAGAGUGCAACAGACAAUACUCUACUGUACAGCACCAAGUACUGUAUAUGUGGAGCCCAACCGGAGCGAAUACUGGGAACUGAAAGCAAAGCUUCAUAUUGAUCCGGAUUAUCUUGAGGUUCUUGAAAAACGGACAACUUUUACACAGUUUUGAAAGACUCAGCCCCGGGACAGUCCGCAUGGAUGCACUGAUGCAAAGUGUCCAUAUUAGUCAGGAAACAGACCAUGCUUACACAGACACUGAAAGCUACUGUAUGCAUUUCUCAGAAUCAUGCCAUAUGGGGUUAAAAUAUUAAAAGGGAACACUACUCAUCGGGGAAUCACUUAACCUUUGAUCCCUGUGGUGUUACACAGUGUGUUUUAAAUCUGUAAAUAUGAGCGAGCAACCGGAGAUUCAGGGCUCUUAUGACUCACCCCGCCAUAAAACACGCCCUGAAGCUGCUUCAUUGACAAUAAUGUGAGACAGAGCAUUCACCUUCGAUUAUCCACAGUUCAUGAGUGUUAAUGAAGCCAGCAUAUCUGUUCUAUUCCCAAAAUAAAUCAGGUUUUUGUUACAGUUGAACUUACACUUCCCAGUUCUGUCAUUUUAGAUUUAUUCAAACUGGAACUCAUACAUGAGACUAAAUUGAAUUAAUUCCGCAAGUUGGACCUGGGUGGAGGUGUAAAAAAAAAUGAAAGUCAUGUGACCCACACAUCUGUUUCUGAGAUGUGCUGUAGUGAAAAAUGACAGAUUUAGUGGGGUAGUUUAUCUCCCAGAAUGCACAGCUUGGGGAUGAUCAUUUGAAAUGCAUGAGGUCAUGAAAUAAAUUUAGAUGUAAUACCUUAAAUCACAGAUUAUGUGGCCAGUAAAUCUCUGCCCUCUUGUUGGCUGAUUUGGGAGAGAAUAAUUCAUGUAUCCCACAUCUUUACUGACCUAAUGCUCAAGCUGUAAUCUGUGCAAGUCAGCAGUGGUGGUGGUGAACCUGCAGAGCUUCCCCAACUCCCAAACCACUGCACUUGUGGAUUGUGGACACGUGUUGCACUUUUGUUGAGUUAAAUAUUUAUAUGUUUAAACUGUACUCAGAAAUGUGACUGAAAUACUAUUACCCCCACUGUGUUCAGAAGGAUUGUAACUGAAAACAGGGUCAGCUUUAACUGCAGGUCUAUGUCAAUUGUCACAAAUUGGGCAUUGAGUUAUGAACGUAUAUGUGUUGAAAGUUGUUGAAAUGUGAGUUUCUGUAAUAUUUUGCACCACAACCAAAGCUCUUGAGAAAAAAAAGUCAUAAAAAAUAUGCAAAAUUUGACCCUCUGAUGAAACACACGGAAGCACAAUCCUGUGCUUAUUUUGUACCUUUACAUCCUUUUAAUCAUAUGUUUUCAAUCACCUUUACUCAAGGUGCAUUUUCAACAAGCAGUCCAGUCCUGAAUGGUUUUGCAUGGUACACUUAUUUGCAUUUCCACUUUUAAAGUUUGGAUAGUUUCCCAAAUAACCAAUCUGGCCAGUCCUACUUUUUGACACCUUUUGGUCAGGGGUUAGAGUAGCCAUCUGACCCUUUAGGCUGGAACUAGGCCUACACAGCGGGGCUUCUUUUCGGGUAUUAUAACAAGCCAGGGUUUAGUCCAAGGCUAGUGACAUAAAUGCAGCUCAUGUAAAGCUGCUUCAGCCCUCAAAGCAUCUUUUUUUUCUGUAUGUUUUGGUGCUGCUCAUUGUAAAAUUAGGUUAGCCCUCUAGUCUAUAUUUUUACCCUGUUAGACAGACUUAAGUUAACAGAUGGGUUGAGAUGCUACUCACGCCAACAGACCAAUCGACAGCCAACACGCCUCUUGUGUGAGGUGCUAGGGUAAAACUGACUGUGUAAACUGAGCAACGUAUCUAAUUGUACUGAACCAAACCUGACUGCUUGUUGGAAAUGCACCAAUAUUGUCCCAGUUACAAUGCAUUUGAGUGGAUGUGCAAUAUAUCAAGAGUCUAUAUUAUAUCUCCAUGUACUCCUGUUUGACAUACAGCUGAAAUCUCUCCAUAUAGAACAUUUGAAAUCACUAUUUUUAUACAAGUAUGUCUUAUUUUCAGUUUUUCUUUAACAAAGAAAAUGCACUAUUGACUUCCACAGGUCAACAAUGAUGUCACUUUCUGAAAUGCACAAAACGGUAACACAGGCAUACAGCCAUAAAAAAGUAGGUUUGAUAACUGCAUACAUCAAAGUUACACAUGCUAUAGAGUCUUGCACUAUGCAUAGAUAAAGUGUACACAUGGACAAUCUCUAAAAAAAGCCAACAGUUCAUCCCCUUGAGCCACUCUUCAUAAUGCUCAUAUACACUUUAAUUAAUGAUGCGAUCAAAACCUAUACUGCUUAUUUGAGGUGUAAUAUGGCGAGGUACUUAUACCUAAUUUCAGAUCUGUUGUGUUUUUCUAAAAUUUUAUAUGUUGAAAAAUAUCAGGUGUUUGAAUGAGAAACAGGGAGGAAGAGUUGUUGUUGCAUAAGAGUGAAAAACUGUCUCAUUAGCUGGUUUUUUGUUUGUUUCAUCUGUUUGGCGUGGGUAUGAAAUGUAUGAAAUCUGACAACUUGUCUGCAAUUAGCAGUCUCACUUUUCUCUGUUAGUCUGGGGAGGUGGGGAAAUGCAACAAAGGUGUCAAAGGUCUUCAAGAGUUUUCAGUUAGAUGAAAAAGCACAACGAAUCAAUGCAGUAGCUGGAUGAAUAGAGUGGUCUUUAUGCAUAUAAAAAAAAGUCCUAUGCUCUGGAAUAAUCCCAGCAUAUCAUCCAGCCAUAAUGCCGUCUGAACAAUUUCUGGGUCAAUAGUGUAAGCCCAGAGAUCUGACUGUCCUUCAGAGUUUAACACACAGAGUAAAUUCACAUCAUACGCAGUAUUAUGCACUAAACCUGUCAUCUUAAGUCAGCUAAUUAGAGGAUAUGGUGCAUCUGGAUCCUGUCUGCAUGUCAUCAUGUAUUACACUGCAGUAUUAGUCAUUCUUUUUACCCAGAAUGCAGGCCUGGUUUGUUGUUUUCUACAUGUUCAGAGUCGUUUUGUGAUUAUUUUGUCACUUGACCUAUGACCGCUCUUUGGGAAGUCAACAAAACAAAUGAAAAGACACUAUGAAGCACUGGGUUUGCUUUGUUACAUGUCGAGUUUCCUUGUGUGAAAUCAGAAUAUUGCUGUGAAGUGAACUGGGGAAACACUCUUUAAGCAUGUACAAACAGACACAUCUAAAUGUUUUCCAAGUGAACAGUGGACAAAAAUAUGUAAAUUAUUCCAGUACUCGAUUUAAAACGCUGUUUCUGAACCUGUGGUAAAUUUUGUACAGCCAGUUCAACAAAUUAGAGAGUAUGAGUUUGCCCAGGGGGAGAAAAGACAACAGUUUUCACAUGUAUGUGUUAUGAUGAGUCUUUCUACCAAUUUUUCAAAGGUGGCUGUGUACUGGGGCAGUUUUUACUGUAAAUAACAGAAACAUUUGUAAAAUGUUGUCCUCUUUGAGCUUUUUGUAUUCAAUGACCAAAAAUGAACUUCUGUCACAUAUGAGAAUACAAAUACUGAUAAUCCAAAAAUAUGUGAAAUUGAAAUAUAGCUGUCCUGUGUGUAUGUGCAAAGAACAGGUCCAGUCAGUGUCUUAUUCUCAUGUUUGCUUUCUUUUGAUUUUCAUACUCUGAUUUGUAAAUAGAACACUUCAGUGUUUCAAUGCAAACCUGUAUCAGUUCUGAGAAGCAAAAACCUGGUCUCUUAUUACAAAAACACAGUGAAAUACUUGGUCUCUUCUGAUGAAAAACACAGUGCAACUUGGAAUAUGUGGGGUAAAUAUAUCAACAAUGUGCUGUUUCUUUAGUUGUUAGCUGAUGAAUAAAAGAUAUGCAUUCAUUUGGUA